AUGGGUCUUCUCCGCCACACUGCCACCGCCGCCAUGGCCCUCGUGGGCGUCGCCCAGGCCGCGGCCCCGGCCGUCACCAUCGACCAGGGCCGCGUCCAGGGCUUCGUCCAGAACGAGACCAACGUCUUCCUGGGCGUGCCCUUCGCCGAGUCCACGGCCGGAGAGAACCGCUGGAAGGCGCCCCAGCCGCUCAGCGCGUUUCCCGGUGGCACCGUCGACGCCACGAGCUACGGGGCCUCGUGCGCCCAGGCCAUGUCCGGCACGGCCAUCACGGCCCAGAGUGAGGACUGCCUGAGCCUCAACAUCUGGACGCCGCUGAACGGCACGGACCUGCCGGUGUUCGUGUACGUCUACGGCGGUGCCAUGGUGACGGGAGGCAGCAGCAACGCCCAGUGGCAGGGCUUCAACUUCGCCCGCAAGGAUAUUAUUUAUGUCAACUUCAACUACCGCGAGAGCAUCUACGCCUCGCCCAACGCCCUCGAGCUGCAGGGCGAGUCGCAGAACUUCGGCAUCAUGGACGUCGAGCUGGCCGUGCAGUGGGUCUACGACAACAUCGAAGCCUUCGGCGGUAACCAGUCGCGCAUCGUGCUGGGCGGCCACUCCUCCGGAGGUGUGCACGUCGACGACUACCUCUGGAACCACCCCGAGACCUUCCUGGCCGGUGCCAUCGAGAUGUCCGCCAAUGCGGAGUCUGGCCCGGCCUUUGCCCCGGCCGGCGUGGCCCUGACGGAGGUCGUCGCCGACAUGGAGGCCGCCAACGUGUCGCUGGGCUGCAACAGCGGCAACUACACGCUGGACUGUCUGCGCGACGUGGACACCUAUGCCUUCCAGACCACCUACUUCAACUCGACCUCCAACACCUGGUUCGGCCCCGCCGUGGACAACCUCACCCGCUACUCCAACUACUCGGACCGCUUCGCCCAGGGCCUGUACCCCAAGUCGCUGCCCCUGAUCGUGGGCAACUCCGACCAGGAGGGCCGUCUGUUCGCGUACGCCUACGCCUCGGAGGACACCAACUUCACCUCCUUCAUCCACACCUUCGAUGCGGACGUCGCCUGGGUGCCCGCCGCCGAGCUGGAGACCGCCUACAACCGCUCCGACUACUCCUCCGUCGCGUUCAUGAGCGGCGCCUGCUACGGCGACGCCCGGUUCCUCUGCGCCACCGACUACCUGUUGGACAUGCGCGCGGCCGAGCAGCCGACCUGGAUCUACCGCUGGUUCGGCAACUACUCCAACGUCCUGGGCGUCACGGACAUCGGGCCCUCCCACGGCAGCGAGGUGCCCUUCUUCCACGGCGGCAACGAGUGCUUCUCCAAGCUGACCGACGUGACCGCCGCGGAGCAGGACCUGGCUGACUACAUGAACGACUGGUUCGUGGCCUGGAUCAAGGACCCCGAGGCCGGGCCCGGGUGGGCGCAGGCCGAGCCCGUGGACGGCCCCCUGGCCCGUCUGGGUGUGCCCGGCAACGAGGAGGCGAUCGAGAUCAGCAACACGGGUGCGUACAAUGGACGGUGCCAGGCCGUGUACAAGCCGCACUACCCCCAGUACCCGGUGGUGCAAAACCCUGUGCUGUUGGCGGCGGCGGCUGCCUCCUCGUAG